AUGGCAGCUACGCCGCGUCGCGCACUACCUAUCCCUCCCGGUCCUCCUCCAGGACAGCAGAAUUACGCGCUCCAGCGGGAUCCUCUUUCAGCCAAUGUCCAGGAUGUAUACGCUUACGGUAAUCCAUAUGGCUCGCCUUAUCCACACCCUUCGUUCCCCCCUCACAGUAUUCUGGCUCAUGAAGAGCAAUCAACCACUUUGCGGGGUGGAACAUUGCUCCACAAAGGCUUCUACGACUUGCUAUCGCUGAUACCGUCGACCCCCUCACCUUCCAGAUUCUUCUGGCGCGAUGACCCGGAAACUAUUGCUGGACCGAAAUACGAGGAUAUGCAUUCGUCACAGACGGGCCCUGCAGUGACUCCUGCGAAUUAUUCUCCUUCACCGGCAUCUCCCGUUCCGCCCGUGAAGAAUGUAGUACGAGGGCGAAGAAUCAGCAAAGAUAUGGUCUCCAAACCCACGGGAUUCAUUCAUCUUGUGCAUGCGUCCGAUGCAGACCAAGCCGAAGCUCUCCUCACAAGAUGGGGUCCAGAGGGCCAAGGAAAACUUGGAGAUCCUCGGUGGGCGGACCCAAUCAAAAACCGCAUCCGUCAAGACAAUCAGGCGAGAGCUGUCAAUGAAGUUGUCAACGCCCUUAAACCCUCAGUAAGUUAUGCAGGGAGACAGGGUGCGGAUCAAUCUUCCCCUCUUCACGUCGUUAACGGCUUGAGUACCACAACGUCGUCCACAAUUACGACCGCGGCUCGGGAGAAUGUUCCCGUGUCAUCCGUGCUACCGACGGGUCUGCCAACGGCCAUGUCGUCCGGCCAAGUCAUCGGGCAGGGCGGCAAUUCCAUCAAAUGGAGAGCUGGGCUCUCCGCCCACCCUGAACACGUCCAUGAGGAUACGGAAGGUAUUGGACCAGAAAAGUAUCUCUCUCAGGCCCCGCCUCCCCGCGCUACGGCGCCCAUCACGCCUUCUCUCGCUACGCUUGAGAAGGCUGUCUCUGCGAAGAUCUACUUCGAAAACCUCUACUUCCCCUUGCUGCGGCAUCCGCCCUCGCGCGAGCAAAGAAGAAUUGCCAUGGAAAAGGACAUGGCGAAUAUGCAAUUGAGCGAAGCCCAGAAGGAGUAUCUUCGCGGCCGAUGGCGGCAGAAUGAGACCGACUAUUUACGGGAACGCAGGAAGAAGGUUGAUGUCAGCGCUUUCGUGAAGCUGAAGACAGUUGGACAUGGAGCUUUCGGAGUUGUCUCCUUAGUUAGGGAGCGUUCAACGGGCCAAAUCUUUGCCAUGAAACAGUUAAGGAAAACAGAUAUGUUACGUAAGGGACAAGAGGGACACGUCCGUGCUGAGCGAGACAUCCUCAAGUCGGCUUCACUUGUCAGUACGUCGGGGGGCGCAGAAUGGAUUGUCAGGUUGUACUACAGCUUUCAGGAUCGUGACCACCUCUAUCUAGUCCUUGAAUAUAUGGGUGGAGGAGACCUCCUUAAUCUGCUGAUAGAAAGAGACGUCUUCGAUGAAGAUUUUACCCGAUUCUAUGUUGCCGAGAAUUUCUUGUUCGAUCCGGAUGGGCACAUCAAGCUUAGUGAUUUCGGCCUUGCCACUGACCUCCAUUGGGCGCAUGACACGUCGUAUUACGAGCAGCAGCGCCUCCACUUGCUGCACAAGCACGGUAUAGACCUGGAAGACAAUCAUACGCAAGAUGGCAUGCGGACGAAACGCAUGGAUCGCAAGGACGUAGAACGUCUUAUGGGCGGCGGUGAGGGUCAAGGUGGAAUUUUCACCUGGAGAGAGCGCAACCGUAGGAAGCUAGCAUACUCAGUAUGCGGUACAAAUUCCUAUAUGUCACCCGAAGUGAUUCGAGGUCAUGGAUAUACGUAUUCAUGUGAUUGGUGGAGUUUAGGUGUCAUUAUGUUUGAAUGUCUGUACGGAUUCCCCCCCUUCGUCAGUAAUUCGCGCCAUGUCACUCGACAAAAGAUCCUGAAUUGGCGACAAUCCCUCCGUUUUCCUUCUCGUCCUCGAGUCUCACACGAAGGAGUAAGCCUCGUGGAACAGCUUCUCUGCGAGCCUGAGGAUCGCCUUGGUUCUCAAGCAUCUUCGUCUGUUAGUCGACCAAACUCUAUGAUCGUACAGGCCAGGCGAAGUGGUUUCAUUUCCACGACUGGAGCCGCAGGCAGUGUUGAUGGCGCACACCUCAUCAAGACGCAUCCAUGGUUUCGCGGCAUUGAUUGGGAGAAUAUUCAUAGAUACCCUGCGCCUUAUCGGCCUGACCUUCGUAACCCGGAAGAUACGCGUCAUUUUGACGACGACAUACCUGCUGAGCCCCUUGCUCCGGCGAACGGCGCCGCUGCGGAUGCUACUCGGGACCCACUCCUCCGGGACAAAGUACACGGUGCAGAAAUACUGGAAGUACGCAAGGCUCUGGCCUUUGCGGGCUUCACUCACAAGAGCCCCCGAGUGAUCAGUUACGUGAGAGCGGACAAAGCCUUCGACCCCGAGCCGGAUUCGUACGGCAAGGAGGAAUCUGACAGAGGCCGUUCGACUGUACGCGACGUCCGGGAGGUCGGCAAGGGUCGCGCAAUGUCGAUGUGA